AGCCAUAAGCAGUGAGUCAGUGCAUCGACCUUCGACCAGCUAUAUCUUUGCAUCGAUCUGGUCAUGGCAGCAGCAAUGCUCCCGAGGCUCGCUGUCGUGGCGGCGCUGGUCGCGCUGAUGUGCGCCGUCGCUGUGGCCCAGAAUGUACCUGCCGUCGGCGGUGCGCCGGUCUGCGACGGUGUUGAUCAGAAUGUCGUGAAUGCGUGCUUCGAGAGCUGUGGAAAAGGUAUGAAAAUUGCCACUGCCGACAGGACUACUUCGGCGGGUAAUACCAAGGUUCAAGUGGACUGCUGUGUAGCCUUUGGAGGCCACUCGUGCAUGUGCCAGAUGAAGAAGGCGUGGAAGGCUCAGGGCAAAAGUGCCCAGAAUAAUGUGCAGUGCGUCAGGGAAAAGGCAUGCUAGUGAGCUCGUUGUGCAUGCAAGACCUCUAGUUUCGUUGGAUAUUUAUGUUUCUUGAAUGUUGGUUUCAAGCGGUCGAUGUCCACCUGCUGCUUGCUUGCUUUUAUUUGCUUGUGUGUGUCAUGUGAGUGUGUUAUGUUUUUCUACGUAUGAGAGUGUCAGUUGAGUCUUUUUAGUUUGUACCAAUCAGAAAUAAAUGUGGGUGGAAUUUCUUGCUUCA